AUGGAACAGGCAAAUUCCGACGUAUCUAGAGCCGAGGAACUUAAAGUUCAGGCUAAUGAAGCGUUUAAAGCUCACAAGUUUCAUCAGGCGGUGGAUCUUUAUACUCAAGCCAUUGAGUUGAAUGGCGGCAACGCCGUGUACUGGGCUAAUCGAGCAUUUGCCCAUUCAAAAUUAGAGGAAUAUGGAAGUGCCAUACUGGAUGCUACCAAGAGCAUAGAAAUUGAUCCCAAGUACUCCAAGGGCUAUUACAGGCGUGGUGCAGCUUAUUUAGCUAUGGGGAAGUUUAAGGAAGCUCUGAAAGAUCUUCAACAAGUAAAGAAGCUAUGUCCGAAUGACCCUGAUGCAGCGAAGAAACUGAAAGAAUGUGAGAAGGCUGUCAUGAAGCAAAAGUUUGAGGAAGCUAUCUCCGUUCCUGAUUCUCAGAAGCGCUCUGUGGCUGAAACUGUUGAUUAUCAUACGAUAGGACCGGGCCCAGACUCAUCUAAUUCCCCCCCCAAGAUUAUGGCUGUAGCAGUGGCAGUAGUUCUACUGGCAGUGCUGAUGGUAUAUGUUGGAAGUACUAAAGCAGCCAUAAUGGUGACAGCUUCAUCCAUGGCAAUGGCUAUGAUGUUCUUGGGGAUUUGGUGGCUGCGCAGCAAUGAACAUGUCUUUUCCAAGAAUCAAAGUCUUGACCUAGAAGUGGAGUCAGAGUAUGAUGGUGCGAGGCUAGAGGGAGACGUUGUUACUCUGGAAUUUGUGAAAAAAAUGAUGGAAGACUUCAGGAAUCAGAAGAGCUUGCAUAGAAGGUAUGCGUUGCAGAUAGUCUUACAAGCGAGAGAGUUGCUGCGUCCAUUGCCAUCUCUGGUUGAUAUUCGUGUACCUGAUGGAAAGCACUUCAAUGUGUGUGGUGAUGUCCAUGGUCAGUAUUAUGACCUAUUGAACAUAUUUGAGCUGAAUGGUCUUCCAUCAGAUGAUAACCCAUACCUCUUCAACGGUGAUUUUGUGGAUAGGGGAUCUUUUUCUGUUGAGGUUAUACUUACUCUGUUCGCGUUGAAAUGCAUGUCUCCAACAGCUUUGUAUCUUGCCCGAGGGAACCAUGAGAGCAAGAGCAUGAACAAAAUUUAUGGUUUUGAAGGGGAAGUCAGAUCCAAACUAAGUGAAAUGUUUGUGGAGCUCUUUGCUGAAGUUUUCUGCUGUCUUCCUCUGGCCCAUGUUUUGAAUAACAAGGUGUUUAUAGUACAUGGGGGCCUUUUCAGUGUUGACGGGGUCAAGCUCUCAGAUAUUAAAGCCAUUGACCGUUUCCGUGAGCCACCAGAGGAAGGGCUAAUGUGCGAGGUCCUGUGGAGUGAUCCACAGCCUCAGCUUGGGAGGGGACCUAGCAAACGAGGAGUUGGUUUAUCGUUUGGUGCUGAUGUGACAAAACGGUUUCUCGAGGAGAAUAAUUUAGAGUUGGUGGUGCGAUCACAUGAAGUAAAAGAUGAAGGUUAUGAGGUCGAGCAUGAUGGCAAAUUGAUAACUGUAUUUUCUGCUCCCAACUAUUGUGAUCAGAUGAAUAACAAAGGUGCAUUCAUCCGAUUCGAAGCCCCCAGUAUGAAGCCAAACAUUGUCACAUUUUCAGCAGUGCCUCAUCCUGAUGUCAAGCCCAUGGCAUAUGCCAAUAACUUCUUCAGAAUGUUCAAUUAG